GAUUAAAUAUUUGAAUCGCUUGACAGCUCUAGUUUUUACCUAAUAUAUAAAAGGAGCAUGGGUGUGACUCUGGCAACUUCGUGGUUUGGGCGGGUUUUUAUUGGAGUGGGCGGGUUCUAAGAUGUGAUUGGGCUGGAAACUGUCGAUCUGAUCUGGCAACACUGCAUGCCUCUAUAAAUAGCCCAUGCCACUGCUUCAAGAUCUGUCUUGAGAUAUCCAGUUCAAAAUGGCGAGUCCCAGUAAAAUACCAAGAAGUGACAGUGAGACGGUUGUCGGCUAUCUGCAUAGUGUGUCGCCUAUGAAGAUGUCCAAGAACAGCAGGCGAUAUUUUGAGGCCACCUUGCAGACGGGAAGGGAGGCAUACAAUCGUGUUGUCUGCUUCUCCCCCGAGAAGCGGGACCAGUUCGUUCACGCGGCAGAAAACAGGCAGGCGGUGAAAUUGUUUGCCACGCGGAAAAGCAUCAGCUACAGCAGUCCAGGGGGCUUCGACGUGCUGGUGUCGAGCCACAGCAGGCUUGACGCGUUUGGGGACCUUCCCUUCACCCAUAGGGCACCGAGCAGCACCUCUGACCGGCUGACCGUGGUCGAUGUUUUGGGUUUGGGUCCCAGGCAGAGGGUGGGAGUCAUCAACCUCAAGGUACUUCAGCUCCUGGACAAUAGGGUGGUGGAGAUCCAAGGAGCGUCCAUGGAGCUGAAAUGCUUUGAGGUUUGUGACUCCACCGGACAGACGGCGUUGAGCGUGUGGGAUCGGCUGAUCUCCACCGUCCAGCUCGGCCAAUGCUACACCUUCUGUUCGCUGACGACAAGGAAGGAUGGGGGCCGCACUGUUUUAACCACUACCCCAUCCACACUGGUCACCGCCACCACGGGUGUAGGGCAGCCUUCUUGCCUUAGGCAGGUGACUGUCGCGGACGUGGAGAUUCUGUGCGGGCCGGCGACCGCGGUCAAGAUCGUGGCAAAGCCAAGGUGUCCACGAUGCCACGUCGGACAGGACCAGUUGGACGUCAAAUGUUCGACCCACCGCUGUGAGUCGAACAUGUGCUCCAUGCUGCAGCGCACACCAGCGUAUCUGGUGACGUACUCGGGGGUGCUUAUUCUGGCACCCAAAGAUGUCGAUGAGCGCUCCAUGCAAUUGACAAACUCCGCGGUGAUGGGGUUUGUCAAGGAGUUUUGUGUGGCGUGCAACGUCCAUGAUGGCCCAGCCCUGGAAGAGACCAUCAUGGCGUUGCCAGAGCUGGUCGUUUCUGUUAAUGCAGUAGGACUGGUGGUGCGCUUCGCUCCGGCCGUAGCUGUAAGAGAGGCUAUGGCUGACUGCUCCCUGGGUGAUAUUCUGGACACGGAGGAGGCUUCGACGUCCUAUCUUCUGGAGGACUGAAAUUUUGUCAACACCAUCAAACUGUCGUUUGAUGGUGGUGUUUACUUUGAUAUUGAAAAAUAAACUAUGUUUUGAUUUAAGCAAUUGUUUCUGUCUUUUGUCGUUGUAAAAGGGAAUCGGUCAGUUAUACUAAGCUGUGCAGGUAAUGGUAAAGCCUUCCGAAAAAAGGUUCAGACAUAUCCCCCACUUGUCAUCAACAACUCAUCUGUCACUGUAGUCGAACAUUUCAAAUUCCUAGGCACAACCAUCACCAACAUACUGAAAUGGGACAAUAACAUCACUCAACUUGUGAAGAAAGGCCAGCAGCGCCUGUUCUUCCUUCGGCAGCUGAGAGGACUUCAGGUCAGCCCCCCCAUCAUGGUGCAGUUCUACAGGGCCAUUAUUGAGAGUGUGCUUACAUCCUCACACUCGGUCUGGUAUGACUCUGCCUCUGCCCGCUCUAAGGCCAGGCUCCAAAGAGUCGUACGGGCUGCAGAGCGCAUCAUCGGCUGCCCCCUUCCUUCCAUCAAGGACCUCCACAGCUCCAGAUCCCGCAGGAAAGCGGUGAAGAUCACAGCAGACCCCUCACAUCCUGCCAACUGCCUCUUUAACCGUCUACCCUCUGGACGGCAAUAUAGGGCCUUCAUGACAAAAACCUCACGUCACCUCAAUAGCUUUUUUCCACAAGCAAUAGCCCUCAUAAACAGCCCUUGCACAUGAGCUUUAUGGCUCCUCUCAGCACUUUACUUUAUUUAUUUAACUUAUUUAACAAUUCUAUUAUUGCACUACCUCAGUGGUCAUACUUUUACUUUCUUGUAUUGUUGUUCUGUCUUUUCCCUUUGUUCUGUUCUAUGUUCUAUUUGUAAUGCUCUAGCCUGCAUGGAGAAUACCGUUCAAAAUUCCUAGUACCUGUGUACAUGGCGAAAUAAAGAAAAUUGAAUUGAAUGGUCUAAAAAUUUAAUUUACAGGAAGCCUUUCUUUCUCAUGGCGGUUUAGAAUCUUGUUGGUGAACGAACACACACACAAACAAGUAAAUGGGUAUGGGCAAAUAAUUUUUUUUUCCUAUAUAGCGUAAGCAAUUCUACAUGCAAUGCAAAAUUUGAGCAAGGGCAGCAAACUGAGCCUGCAUUCUUUGUCAUUGCCUUGGCCAUUGCCAUGAAUUAAUUUUGGAUUAAAAUCAAUCAUUAAGCAGGCUUUUUAUUCAAUAUGGCCUAGAAUAAAUACUAUCCUAAUUUUAAAAGCUUGAAGAUGAGAUUGCAGGGAUAUAGUGAGUGCAAAGAUUGUUAAGUAAGUUAAAUGACUGGUAAAAGGAUAAAGAUUUAGUUCAAGAGAAUACCUAACUGCAAGUUAGGCUUUUGAGCCACUGAGAUGUACU